ACCUGGCCCCUGCACGCGGCUGGACGCUCAAUCCGCUGCCGGAAGCCGCUCUUCGGGCGACGGGCAGGUGGGGCCGUGCACAGGUGCAGCCGACAUGGGUGAGCCUGGGGGGUCAGUGCGAAUCCUAGUGACAGGUGGCUCUGGGCUGGUGGGCAGAGCCAUCCAAGAGGUGGUAGCAGAUGGAGCUGGGCUGCCUGGAGAGGACUGGGUGUUCGUCUCCUCCAAGGAUGCUGACCUCACGGAUGCUGCACAGACCCGAGCCCUGUUUGAAAAGGUCCGGCCCACACAUGUCAUCCACCUUGCUGCAAUGGUGGGGGGCCUGUUCCGGAAUAUCAAAUACAACUUGGACUUCUGGAGGAAAAACAUUCACAUCAACGACAACGUCCUGCACUCGGCCUUCGAGGUGGGCGUGCGCAAGGUGGUCUCCUGCCUGUCUACCUGCAUCUUCCCGGACAAGACCACCUACCCUAUUGACGAGACUAUGAUCCACAAUGGGCCUCCGCACAACAGCAAUUUUGGCUACUCCUACGCCAAGAGGAUGAUCGACGUGCAGAACAGGGCCUACUUCCAGCAGCACGGCUGCACUUUUACCGCCGUCAUCCCAACCAACGUCUUCGGGCCCCACGACAACUUCAACAUCGAGGACGGCCACGUGCUGCCCGGCCUCAUCCACAAGGUGCACCUGGCUAAGAGCAGCGGCUCAGCCCUGACGGUGUGGGGCACUGGCAAGCCACGGAGGCAGUUCAUCUACUCACUGGACCUGGCUCGGCUCUUCAUCUGGGUCCUGCGGGAGUACGAUGAGGUGGAACCCAUCAUCCUGUCAGUGGGCGAGGAGGAUGAGGUCUCUAUCCGGGAGGCAGCCGAAGCCGUGGUGGAGGCCAUGGACUUCCGCGGGGAGGUCACUUUUGAUACAAGCAAGUCAGAUGGGCAGUUCAAGAAGACGGCCAGUAACGGCAAGCUUCGGACCUACUUGCCCGACUUCCGGUUUACACCCUUCAAGCAGGCCGUGAAGGAGACCUGUGCCUGGUUUACCCACAACUACGAACAGGCCCGGAAGUGAAGCACGGUGUGGGAGCAGGUGCCGGCUGCCCCCGAAGCCCCAGAGAUGACACCCUCAGACCGUGCCAGGAGCCAAGGGCACUGCCAGC